AUGGACGGUGGAGGAUCCCAAACGGCCGCCAAGGCCCAUAGGAAACCCACUUCAGGUGGGAAGGCAAAAAAGAAGAGAGAGAAGACGAAUGUUGAGCGCCACAACCCGAAAGCCUUCACCUUCUCUGGUGGCAUUCAUAGCGUCCAGCGUCGUGUGCAGAGAGGAUUGGAUGUGAAAGCCAAGAGAGAGAAAUUGAGAAGAUGGAUAAGCGCCCCGAAGAGUAGAGGCUCCACCGUAAAGCCGGGAACAGGGAUCCGUGUG